AUAGCGAACAACUCCAUUCCUAUCCAGCUAUCCUGUCUCCCCAAAGGAUAAGAGAAAACGCUCUAUCUUCUCCUUUUGUUUCUUCAUCAAAAUUUCAAGAAUGGCACAAGCACUCGCAACUCCUGUACUACCUUCGCUCUCCCUUAUCUGCAACACCUCUGCCAUCUCCAAGUACAAUUCUCUCUCUUUCUCAACUCCCACAUCUUUUCCCAAGAUUGGAGGUUUGAGUAUAAAGUGUGUGCGUGUGGGAGGAGUGGAGAUACCAAACAACAAAAGAGUAGAGUUUGCCUUGCAAUACAUUCAUGGGAUUGGCCGCACCAGUGCACGCCAGAUUCUGGUAGACCUUCAAAUUGAGAACAAGAUUAUGAAGGACUUUUCUGAAGAGGAGCUUAUCACUCUCCGUGAUGAAGUCUCCAAAUACAUGAUCGAAGGCGACCUUAGGAGAUUCAAUGCUCUUGCCAUUAGGAGAUUGAAGGAGAUUCAGUGCUACAGAGGGGUAAGGCAUAUCCAAGGAUUGCCUUGCAGAGGACAGCGAACGAAGAACAAUUGCCGUACUUUGAAGGGCAAGAAAGUUGCAAUUGCAGGGAAGAAGAAGGCACCUCGUUAAUCAAAUUUGGUUUUUCACUUCCUUUGGUAACUAACUUGUAAAAGCUAUAUACUAUUCUUAUGGCAAACCAUGCUUUGUUUGUUAUUGAUUAGUACUUUUAUUGAAAUCAUUUACUACAUUUCAAGAUAGAGUUACUUUUAUUGAAAUCAUUUACUAUUUUGUGGUU